AACCGCUCGGCUUCACAAAAUUUUAAGUUUAAAGAAACAUAAACAAAAAAACAAAAAUUAAAACGAGAAGGAAAACACCCGAAACAAUAAAAGCACAUUUGAUUGGCAAGAAACCAAGGAGCAAAAACAAAAACACCCAAUACAAAACUAAACUCCUGGACCCAAUACUCGUGCAGGAGAGAAAGAAUGGAGGAAACAAACUGGUACACCAGAGCUCUCAUCAUUUUCCCUCUUCUCCUACUCUUUUUCAAGCUCUUCACAUCAAAACAAGAAAGGUACAAGAAUCUACCCCCAAGUCCACCUGGGCUUCCCAUCCUGGGCCAUCUCCAUCUACUAAAAGACCCACUUCACCAAACUCUUCAAGCUUUUUCAGACAAUUAUGGCCCCAUCAUCUUCCUCCGCUUCGGACCCCGAAAGGUCCUCGUCGUCACCUCUCCUUCCGCUGUGGAAGAAUGUUUCACCAAAAAUGAUAUCGUCUUUGCCAACCGCCCACGUAGUCCCGCCGGAAAACACCUCUCCUACGACUAUACCACAAUAGCUGCAGCCUCAUAUGGUGAUCUUUGGCGCAAUCUCAGGCGUAUUACAACCUUGGAGAUUUUCUCGAAUAGUCGAUUGGAGAGGACAUCUGGUAUUCGGGGGGAGGAAGUGAAGUUCUGGGUGAAUCAACUAAUGAAAAAUUGUGGUGAUGGUGGGUAUAGUAAGGUAAACUUGAAAAACAAGUUUUUUGGGCUCUCUUUUAAUGUUAUAACCAUGAUGAUCAUGGGGAAGAGGUUCUAUGGAGAGGGUGUGGAGGAUGUUGAGGAGGCCAAGCUCUUUCAAAAUUUGAUGAGAGAGCACUUUGAACUUGCCAACACAUCGAAUCCAGCAGACAUUUUCCCGGUCUUGCGAUGGGUGGAUUUUUUUGGGAUGGAGAAGAAAUUUGUAGCCAAUGCAGAGAAUAUGGACAAGUUUUUGCAGGAUCUAGUUGAUAAACGACGGAGAAUCAGUGCAUCAACAAAAACGAAGACACUAAUCGACAAUUUGCUAUCUUUGCAGGAAACAGAACCAGAGUUCUACACCAACAAUAUUAUAAACGGGAUUAUAAUGACAUUGCUAAUUGCUGGAACUGAGACUUCAUCAGCAACCAUGGAAUGGGCAAUGUCAUUACUUCUUAACCAUCCAGAUGUAAUGACAAAAGUUCAAGCAGAGAUAAAUGCUCAUGUUGAGCAAGACCGCCUCAUAAACGAACAAGACUUGCCCAAGUUGAAUUACUUAUCAAAUGUAAUCAAUGAAGCACUCCGAUUAUAUUCACCUGUCCCACUUCUACUCCCACAUGAAGCAUCUAAAGAUUGUACUGUGGGAAAAUAUGAUGUCCCGCGAGGCACAAUGUUGAUGGUAAAUGCAUUGGCCAUUCAUAGGGACCCUAAGUUAUGGGAAAAUCCAACAAUGUUUAUGCCAGAGAGGUUUGAAGUAGAUACUGCUGAAGAUGGGUAUAGGCUGAUUCCAUUUGGCUGUGGAAGACGUGGAUGUCCUGGGGCUAACCUGGCAAAAAAGAUGGUUGGGCUGGCAUUAGGAGCCUUAAUUCAGUCAUUUGAAUGGAAAAGAAUUGAUGAAAAUGAGGUGGAUAUGGCCGAGAGUUCAGGCCUCACCAUGCCCAAGUUGAAGCCGUUAGAGGCCAUUUGCAAACCACGUCCAUCCAUGAGCACACAAUGCCUUAUUUGAUCUUCUUUUUUUAUUAUUUAGUUUUACUGUAGAAAUAAAUAAAUUAUGUAGAGUUAAAAAUAGAGACAAUAGGGGGUGGGCUUCAAACCUGCUCUUGUAUCUAUUGUGUGGUUUAUUGUUUGUCCCUAAAAUUUCUCUUUUUCGUUAGUGGAAAUGAGUCAGUGAAGCUCAGCUUUUGUUUGCU